GGUCUGGAGACAAUACGGGGACGGUUACGUAGGUGUUAACCCAGAGAUUGCCUACAAAUACUACGAGGCUUCCAAUGUACAAGUAUCGAGUGACUUCCAGUGGAAAUCCAAAAUCACACAGUGCUCUACGUCUUGUGGAACAGGUCAGCAGCUCUCCGAGGCGUACUGUGUCCGCAUGACUGACGGAACCCAGGUGGCCGACCAUUACUGCGACUUCCGGACCAAACCAAGCGUGAACAGUAGGCCGUGUAAUACCCAACCUUGCCCAGCAAGGUGGUCAGCUGGCGCAUACGGGGCGUGUUCUCAGACCUGCGGGGGCGGCGUAAUGCGAAGGCAGGUGAUGUGCGUCCAAAUGAACAACAAGGUGGAGGAGGUCAUUAACGACAGACACUGCCAGAACCUCCAGAAACCGGCAGUGGCGGCGGAAUGUAACCCAGACGUAUGCCCGGGCGUGUGGAAGACAACGGACUGGUCACAGUGUUCCGCGUCAUGCGGUAUUGGGAAGAAAACCCGGACUGUGUCCUGCCAUAAGAACUAUCACUCCAAUGAGGUGACAUCGGAGAGUAGCUGUAUUGCUUCUUCUAAACCGCUAACUGUGGAACAGUGCCUUUUGAGGAAAUGUUCCGGCUCGUGUAAUGAUGUCAUAUCUGACUGUGAGAGUUACGGAGCAACAAGCUGCCACGAGUACACGACGUGGGCAACUAAAAAUUGCGGCGCGUUCUGUGGUUUCUGCGGUGGCACCGACUUCGGCUCCACCGCCGACUGUACUGACGAGGUCAACUGUGCGGAGUUUGGGGAAAACGUGUGUACAGAAUACGCUGGCUGGGCAAGCACUAACUGCCGCCGUCACUGUAACCUAUGCUCUGGGGCCGCCACCACCACGCCUGCCCCUGCCAGUAACUGUCAAGACCAGGUAGACUGCACUCAGUACGGUGCCGACAUAUGUACUUCUUAUGUACAGUGGGCCACGCAGAACUGCGCUCGUCAUUGUAAUCUGUGUGGUAGCAUCGAAACCACCACAACUACUACUACGACGACGACGACGACUACAGUGGCCACUACGACUCCAAUCAACACCGGGUCUGCUGUUUGCGCAGACGACACUAAUACUGACUGCAAAGCAUAUGGCCAAAGCGCAUGCACAGAAUAUCGUACAUGGGCAGAGCAGAAAUGUAGAGAAUUCUGUGGUUUCUGUCAAGAUACAAAUAACGUAGGAGCUGGUACUUCCACUGGACAGUGCGCUGAUUUAGAAGACUGCCCCUCAUACGGUGACAAUGUCUGUACAGAAUAUAAAACUUGGGCUGAGAAGAACUGCAGGAAACAUUGCGGUCUUUGCCAGGACAACAAUAAUGUAGGUGGCGGUGCUUCCACUGAACAAUGCAUAGAUCUGCAAGACUGUCCAGCAUACGGUGAUAAUGUCUGCACAGAAUAUAAAACUUGGGCUGAGAAGAACUGCCGAAAACACUGUGGCAUCUGUCAGGACACCAGUAAUAUAGGUGGCGCAACAAACGAACAGUGUGCAGAUUUACAAGACUGCCCGGCUUACGGUGAAAAUGUUUGUACGGAAUAUAAAAGUUGGGCCGAGAAGAACUGCAGAAAACAUUGUGGUUUAUGUCAGGGAAACAUAGGUGGCACUACAACAAUGCAGAUAGGGGGCGCUGCGGGUAAUAUUCAAGUUGAACAGUGCACAGAUCAGGUAGACUGCCCCUCUUACGGGGAUAAUGUCUGCACGGCGUACAAAGCUUGGGCAGAGAAGAACUGCAGAAAACAUUGCGGCAUUUGCCAGGCGUGUGAAGACAAGGUAGAUUGCCCCGCCUACGGAAGUGACGUAUGCACUGCGUACGCCGGAUGGGCCAGUACCAACUGUCGUAAACACUGCCGUCUGUGCUAGUCAGGUUGACGCUAAGAACAUCAUCCAGAAUUAUCUUCCCACUUACUGCUGAAACCAUUAAGAUAGGUGAACAGUUUGCUUAAGAUGCCCAAGUAGAUAGGCCGAUAUUACUUACAAGGGAAAGGAUGAAGGAAUGCCACAAUGUGACCUUUCAAGACCGUAUAGUGCAGCUGCUGAUUAACUGUGUGUAGGAAACUGUUGCAUUAUAGUUGCAUUAGUUGCAUUAUUAUAUGGACCUUUAGACGAUUGUCUUUAAAACGUUUCCCCAAAGGAAAUUCAAAAUUAGUGAACGUGUAAAGGCAUUUUAUUUCCUAUAGUAUCAGCUUUAGUGAUCUAAGCUUGGUAUUUUGUGAACUUGCGCUUCUAGAUACAUUUGGAUUUUUUUGUGAAAUGUUUUUCAUUUAAAUUGUGAUUGACGCUGUCAAUUUUAUAAAUGCAUGAUACAUCAUGCAAUUCUUAAACUGUGAUUCCAUGCCUACCAAUAUUAAUAUUGUUCGAUGUGUCUAGGUAAAACGAAGGAGAUGAAAGCAAUAAUUCCCCUUUCCACAAUUCAAAAGCAGUGCCAAUAAUUAAAAUUGUACCGUUUUAGGAAAAAUUAACGCGAUAUACAGCACGUUAUAUUUGUUACCAAUGAUUUAUUUAUGACUGUAUAGCUUCUUUGCAUAAACAAAAGCCACAAGAAAAAUGGUUUCCAAAGAAUAAAAAACGUAAAUGUGA